AUGGCGGAAAUCUACGAUACCGACCGCUUCGCGCAACUCUAUUAUCCAUCAAAUACAGCGGACCUCCUACAGCUUGGCCUUGCGGCUAGAUUCAUAGCCAGUUUAUUCGAGGCCCACCAGAUCACGUAUGCCUUUAUUGGAGGAUGGGCGGUAUAUCUAAGAGGGGGUCGACGAAGGACUCAAGAUAUUGAUAUCACUGUCGCUACGACAAUGGACCAUUUAAAACAGAUCCUAACCGCGCAAUCCCGAAUACAUUUCCCUCUUACACACGGCCGAACUUCUGUCCAAGUAUUCAUCGACACGGGGCGCAGCGUGGAUGGCGAAUUCCCUCACGUCCCGGACUUGGCGGUCAGCAUGGACAUAGUAAUUAGUGGACACUUGGGGACGCCGGAAGAUCUACAAUCAUCGCGCGAACCCAUUAAUCCACAUAGGCCCACGCCGUUGGGUUCACCGGUGUUGGUUUUGGGGCUGGUCUUUCAAAUAUAUGCCAAGUUAGACGCAUUUUUCCGACGAGGCGAGCAGGGUAGUAAGGACUUUUUGGAUCUGGAAUUCUUGUUCACACAGUAUGCUGCGCAGAUCCCCACGUUUCGGGAUUAUUAUGAUUUGGAACAGCGGAGAUAUUUUUGGACUCAAUAUGCGGAGGCGUAUGUGGCGUUUCCCGAUCAGGUUGAGAAUAUGCGAUUACUGUUAGGCGUCUGA